AUUGCCGCAUCAAACAACAAUUAGGGAUUUUCAGUAGCUUCUUUUGAAUUUCGUUUGCACUCGAUACUGUGAUAUCCAGAGUUAGCUCCAAGUAGAGCUUUUCUGAAGCUUCAAGCAGACAAUCCUGAUGGGAGACUGGCAGGAGCUCGCCCAGGCCGUGAUCGUUGGGCUUAUAUUCUCUUAUCUCGUCGCCAAGCUUAUAUCGACGGUUAUCUGCUUCCGGCAAGAUCAUCUCAAGGUUGUCAUCGAAAAGGAACCGGUUGGCGAAACACCGGAAGCGGACCAAGCAUCGGACGAAGUUAAUAAGAAACACGCCGAGGUCCGAAACUCCUCGGCCUCCGAUAGUGACAGUUCUAGGGUCAGAGGUGAUGAUUUUGAGGGUUUUGUGACGGAACAGAGUCUUUUAGGGGAGGAUGAUGACGAUUGGGAAGGAAUCGAGAGUACAGAACUGGAUGAGAUAUUUAGCGCGGCCACGGCUUUUGUUGCCGCCACUGCUGCUGAUCGGAACUCGACCAAGGUAUCCAGUGAUGUCCAGCUGCAGCUAUACGGUUUUUAUAAGAUUGCUACCGAAGGUCCCUGCAUUGCUCCUCAGCCUUCGGCAAUUAAAGUUACCGCUCGCGCCAAGUGGAAUGCCUGGCAAAAACUAGGCGCCAUGCCUCCAGAAGAAGCUAUGCAAAAGUAUAUUGAAACUGUGGAGGAGCUUUUUCCUUCUUGGUUAAGUGCUUCAGCAAUGAAAAAUAAGCAUGAAGAUACCUCCUCGUCUAGUUCGGCCACACAAGGAACAAUGGGGCCAGUUUUCAGCAGUUUAAUUCUUGAGGAUGGAUCAGAAAAUGAUCUAAGGCUAGAUGCAAUUCAUGUUUCGGCUAGAGAAGGAGAAGUUGAUAGUUUAUUGAAGAGCAUUGAGAACGGUGCUUCAGUGAAUCUGAGAGACAGCGAAGGUAGGACCCCACUGCAUUGGGCUGUAGAUCGUGGCCACCUAAAGAUUGUUGAAAUACUACUCAGCAAAAGUGCAGAUGUGAACGCUAAGGACAAUGAAGGCCAGACCUCUCUACAUUAUGCUGUAGUUUGUGAGAGAGAAGCCUUCGCCGAGUUGCUUGUCAAAAAUGGUGCUGAUCCCGAAAUGAAGGAUGAGGAGGGCAAUUCCCCAAGCGACCUUUGCAGUUCGCCUUGGAAUUUUUUGACUUCUGCAAAGUAGUUCAUUUGAGAAAUAAGAAAUCCUAAACAAAAAAAAAAAAAAAAAAACAAAAAAAAAAAAAAAAAAAAAAAAACCCUAAAAAGUGACUUUUUAUCCUGGUGUGCAUAUCAGCCUUUCUCUCUGCCUGCUUAAGGCUGACUUCAGUUGAUAGGUUUGCUUAUCUAGUUUCGGUUUUACAUUUCCUCCUAUAAGAGCCCAGUUUUUUUGGUGGCCAACUUGUAUUUCAUUAUCCGUGACGAGCAAAAUUGUCAGAAUCUCAUCAAACAAAUCAGUUUAUCCAACGGUUCCAUUUCAGCUA